UCAGGCGUGACGUCACCUCGCGUCAGCGUCCGUCACUUUUCAUGUGUGCCAUGCCGUGUGUCCGAACGAAGUGUGUUUAAUGUCUUUUGCGAUCUCAGGCAGCCUGUUACUUUUAGACAGUCACUUGUGGUCAGGUCACGAUGUCUUUCAUAAGAGUUAUUUUAAAAACGGUGGUGGUUCUUGGUUUUCUGGUGUUGUCUGUUCAGUUUAUAAGAUACUGGAUGGCAAAUAAACAGUAUGUCUUUACAAAAGAAGACGUUGCCAGGUUAGCCAAACAGUAUGCAGGCCAGGACCACGAGCAAGCCUUCUCUAAGGUGGUGCUGGAGCUGAGGAAGAGGUACCCGGGUCACAUCCUGCCCGAUGAGGACCUGCAGUGGGUGUUUGUGAACGCGGGCGGCUGGAUGGGCUCCAUGUGUCUGCUGCACGCCUCUCUCACGGAGUAUGUGCUGCUGUUUGGGACAGCCGUGGACACAGGCGGACACUCAGGUCGCUACUGGGCAGAAAUAUCCGACACUAUAAUUUCUGGGACGUUCAGGCAGUGGAAAGAAGGAAGCACUAAAAGUGAGACUUACUAUCCAGGAGACACGAUCGUGCACGCGGCGGGAGAAGCCACGUCAGUGCAGUGGAGCGCCGGGACCUGGAUGGUGGAGUACGGCCGAGGAUUCAUCCCCUCCACGCUGGGCUUCGCUCUGGCCGACACCGUCUUCAGCACACAGGACUUUCUCACUCUGUUUUAUACUGUACGUGUUUAUGUGAAGGGUAUGAUCCUGGAGGCUAGCACUUUCCUCACUGAGACCGGUGUCCUCUGAAACACACGCGCUAUUCUGAUAAUUGAUCACAACAUCAGGUGUUCGUUUGCUAAUGGAGAAAUGCUGAAUUGUCCGUAUAGAAAGCACUUAAUGUAAUUACUUUUCCAAUGAUUAAAGUUUUAUUUUCCAUACUGUACAAAGAGUUUAUCAAAUGUCUUUUCUAAAAGUGAAACAUAUUUGUCGGUCAACAAACAGUUUGUGAUCCAGUGUCUGUGUCUGAACAUGGCAAGAUGUUUCAGCAGCUCAAUAUUGUCCAGAAACGGUUAAUACGAGGUAUAGAUAAAAAUCAGAAGAUAGUUUUCCGUAUUUCCAGAUCAGACUCUUCAGUAGACAUUGAAUGUUAAUUGUUGCUUAAUUUUUUAUGAAAUACAAUUACUGUUCAAAACUGAUGUGUCUUUGUUCAGACAGAAUAAAACCAUUAAUCAGUAUUGUUGAA